GCAUCGACAUUAUUCACCUUCCACGUCUCAAAGCUCUCCUUUCCCGCACCCCAUUUUCUCUUAAAAGAUUUACAUCUCGAAUACUAACUGCCGAUGAAGCAAAAGAAUUUCAUUAUACAUUUUUAUCAAUUCUAAACAGCCGCGAUAAUCAUUUGACAAUAGAACAUAACAUCGUAUCUUAUUUGGGUGUCAGGUGGACUUUGAAAGAAGCUACGUAUAAAGCAUUAUAUCCUCACCAUAUUGUAACGUGGAAAGAUAUUUCUAUCAAAAAAACAAAAGGAAAACCUCACAUAACUAUUAACGCACAUGAGGAUUUUGGAAACAACAUGACCAUUUCAAAAACUCACGCUUCAGUAGCACACGACGGAGAAUAUGUGGUCGCUCAG